UCCAGAUUUAACAAAAAAAAAGAUAAAAACACUUCUCGGAUCAACUGUUCUUGUCCUAACCGGAUAAGGAAGUGGAACAAUGUAGCAGUAGCACUAGACAAUCCGCGUUGAAAGCACUGAGGUUAUUAAAAGUGAAAAUUGGCAUGCGAUUACAUUAACAAUACCAAACUCUCUUGUCCAUUUCUAUGGAUGUCUCGGGCUAAUGGAAGCCAGCUACAUGUCUUGUUUGACUUUUAUAUCUCUGAGUUCUCUUCAAUCAUACAUGCAUCUGUAUUAACUACUAUAGUCACUAAUCAACUCACCAUUAUCUUAUUCACCACUGAUGGAUAGUCAAAUUCUCUACAUUUCAAAACGAAAUGUAAGUUCUAAAAAUUGGAUCCUUCUAGAUAGCUAUAUGUAUUAGUUAUCUUGAUCAUGUCUACAAGAUCAACGUUAAUUCUAGAGAAGUCUACUAAUGCUAAUUUAUAGUGUCAAACUCCCAUAACUCCAUAAAAUUAUAAGAAUCAUAUCUUAUAGAAACCAAUGGAAUAUAAUCUUUUUGUGGCUAAUUUUGGUCUGAGUUUAUCAUAUCACUAUGUUUAAGUUUUUGCCGUUCGAGGCUUCUCGAAUCAGCAUGUUUAAGUUUUAGUUCCUUUGCCAUCAAAACUCGUUGCUUAAUUAAGAUUUUGUAUAUUUUAGUUAAUAUAAAUAUGAUUUGUAGUGAAAUACACAUUCAUCUUCAAAAUAAAAUAAAAAAAAAACAAGUUUUUGUAUUUUAAUAACAACUUGUGGUCAGGUAUAUUAAGCAUGAGGUACAUUUGGUAUUAAGUUAUUAAUACCAAUACAAUUUGUGGACAAAGCGAAGUCAAGUUUUGGCAAAGGAAGAAAUGGUUUUAUGUGUCAAAACAACGUGCCACUUUUUCAUGCAAUAACAUGCAAAUUAGGUCAGCCAUUACGAAUAAAAUAAGAUGAGUAAUUCACUUUGAUAAGAGUAAACGGGAAGCCACCAUAGACCACUAUAUCCCAUCAUGGGGCCAAUGGUCCAAUACACAAUUAUUAUCUAAUUUGGUUUUAUAUGUUCCAAUGUUUCAACCACUCCAAUAUCAUGAAGCCGUGACUAAGUGCGAGUACUAUAUAUAAGCGACAUAUACACUAGCUUGUAAACUUAAUAGCAUACUUUAAAAUAGCUUAAAACAAAAUACACACCACUAGAGAGAUGAAAAAUAAUAAGAUGGUUAGUGUGAAUUUAUUGAGAGUGAUUAUGCUGGUGCAUGCAAUUAUUGGGCUUCCUUAUAACGUGAGGGGGUUAAGUAUGGGUUACUACAUGAUGAGCUGUCCUAUGGCAGAACAGAUUGUGCAGAAUAGUGUUGACAAUGCUCUUCGAGCUGAUCCCACUUUAGCCGCAGGGCUUAUCCGUAUGCUCUUCCACGACUGUUUCAUUGAGGGAUGUGACGCGUCGAUUCUGCUGGAUUCAACAAAAGACAACACUGCUGAAAAAGAUUCACCUGCGAACCUGAGUCUACGUGGCUACGAGAUCGUAGAUGAUGCAAAAGCGGAAAUAGAGAAUACAUGUCCAGGAGUUGUAUCUUGCGCUGAUAUUAUAGCCAUGGCUGCUAGAGAUGCUGUCUUUUGGGCUGGUGGUCCAUAUUAUCAAAUAGCAAAUGGAAGAUUUGAUGGUAAAAGAUCAAAGAUAGAAGAUACAAGAAAUCUUCCUUCACCUUUUCUCAAUGCCUCUCAACUCAUUCAGACUUUUGGCCAACGUGGCUUCAGUGUGCGGGAUGUUGUUGCUCUCUCCGGAGCACAUACCCUUGGAGUUGCACGAUGCUCAUCCUUCAAGGAUAGACUUACCACCCCAGACUCUACCAUGGACUCCUCUUUUGCAAAAACUCUUUCUAGAACUUGCAGUGCCGGUGACAACACAGAGCAACCAUUUGAUGCAACGCGUAACGAUUUCGACAAUGCUUACUUCAAUGCGCUUCAGAGGAAAUCAGGAGUCCUCUUCUCGGACCAAACCUUAUUCAACUCACCAAUGACCAGGAAUCUUGUUAAUGGCUAUGCCUUUAACCAAGCUAUGUUUUUCUUUCAUUUCCAACAAGCCAUGCAGAAAAUGAGCAACCUUAAUGUUAAAAUUGGUUCUCAAGGUGAAGUCCGUCAAAAUUGUCGCAGUCUUAACUAAGCAUAUAUGCCAAAAUGCAUUAAUGAUUUUUGUAUUAAUGCUCCAACCUUUGGUUAUAUCUCUACUCUCUCAUAUGAUUCAUGAUGAAUCUCUUGUGCUACCAUGUAAUAUAAUUGGUGUAAUCUUAUCAUAAUAUGUAGUUGUAUACUUAUUGUUUGUGGGUUUCAGAUAUCAUCACAGUGUGUGACCUUCAUCUAUGUAUUUAACAGAUAUGAUCUUUCUCUCUAUCCAAGACAACAUUCUAUU